CACAAGAACACAGGAGGGGAUGGCUGCCAUCUCUCUGACUGCCGGACAUCAGGAAACAGUGACAUUUGAGGAUGUGGCUGUGAUUUUCACAGAUGAAGAAUGGCAGCAUCUGCUUCCCCUUCAGAGGGACUUGUACAAGGAAGUGACGCUGGAGAAUUAUAAGAGCUUUGUUUCAUUAGGGCUUUCAGUUCCUCAACCAGAUGUGAUUUUUCAUUUGAAAAUCUAUGAUGAGCCUUGGAUGGUUGAUCUUGGAUCAGAGGAAGAAGAAUGCUCAGAUGAUUCCUCUCUUGACUUGGAGACUAAGCCUGAGAUUCAAGGAACUCUAGAAGCAGCAAAAUCAGAAGGAACAUUGAAGAUCAGCCUUGGAAAGAACAGUUUUCUAGCUUCCAGAGUUCUUACUCUAGAGAGUGAAUUGGAAACAGAAAAGGAAAUAUCUGCAGUGCCACUUUGCAAGAAUUCUCUUUCCCUGAAAGACUGCCUGCAGCAAGGGUUGACCCCUUCCAAAAAAACUCUCACUAAAGAAAGAGACCAGGAGUGCCCCGAUUGUGGGAAAAGCUUCUGUGACCACUCCUCCCUCCUCCGCCAUCAGAGGACCCACAGUGGGGUGAAGCCCUAUGACUGUCAGGAGUGUGGCAAAGCCUUCAGUCACAGGAGUAGCCUCAGCAGGCAUCUGGCAUCACAUGCUGGAGAGAGCCCUUUUGAGUGUGAUGUGUGUAGGAAAGCCUUUUUUGACCGCUCUUCCCUUACUGUGCAUCAACGAAUCCAUACUGGAGAGAAGCCUUUUAAAUGCAGUGAGUGUGGGAAAGCCUUCUUUGACCGGUCCUCCCUCACUCGACACCAGAGAAUUCAUACUGGAGAAAGUCCUUACGAAUGUAAUCAGUGUGGGAAAGCUUUUAGCCAGAAAAGUAUCCUCACUCGACAUCAGCUCAUCCAUACUGGCAGGAAACCUCAUGAAUGCACUGAGUGUGGGAAAGCCUUCUACGGUGUGUCGUCGCUGAAUAGACAUCAAAAAGCCCAUGUGGGGGAGCCUCGCUAUCAGUGCAAUGAGUGUGGGAAAGCCUUCUUUGACCGUUCAUACCUUACCCAACAUCAAAAGAUUCAUACGGGAGAUAAGCCAUAUGAGUGCAGUGAGUGUGGGAAAGCCUUCAGCCAGAGAUGCAGGCUUACACGGCAUCAGAGAGUCCAUACAGGGGAGAAGCCCUUUGAGUGCAGUGUAUGUGGGAAAGUUUUCAGUUCUAAAUCAUCUGUUAUUCAACAUCAACGACGUUAUGCCAAGCAGGGAAUAGACUGAGUUGGAUGAAAGUUUUACUCAAAGAUUUUUUACCUUCAUAAAAUCUUAGGAUAUUUUUUCCCGUCUUAAAUCCAUCAUAUGAUUAUUCUACCUGUUCUGCCUG